AGAUGUCCGACAGAACUCGAAGGUACCAUUUUGACAACUCCUCGCGCAGCCGUGACGCAGCGGUUUCGUCAUCUGCGCACACAGGAAGUGAUGGCCGCCAGCUGGGAAAGCGCAAAAGAAACAAAAUGAUCCGCGGAGUCAAACCGACACUAAAAUGACCUCUUAGCUGCUGACUGUCUCCGCCAGCCGAGCGUCUGACGUCUGCCUCCGUCCUCCAUGCCUGCUUCCCCAGGCUUCACCAGGCUAGAGCAGAAUGAUCCCAUGAACCCUCUUCGCAUCUCUGUAGGAGACCUCCCUAUUUUGGCUUCCAUGGGCAAAACCACAGACCCACGGUUCCGCCUGAAGUGGAAGCCCAUUGUCUCUGUGGGCAUCAUAGUCGGACUGGUUCUCCUCCUCUUCAUGCACUUCAACUCUGGCUUGCGGUACCGCUCAUAUGGCUCUCAAAACUGGAAAAAUAGCGCUAAAAACGGUGACGUGCAGUCUGAUUCUCUUUACAAUGAAACAUACCCUCUCAGUCCGCCUGAGCGCACUCCCCAGGGCAUCCGCUACCGCAUCGGGGUCAUUGCAGACCUGGACACGAACUCUCGCAGUGACAAGAAGCUGACGUGGUUCAGCUACAUGCGGCGGGGGUACCUGAUGGUGUCGGAGAGUGGCGACAAAGUGGCCGUUGAGUGGGACGCGGAUAGGGUGGUGCUGGAAAGCCACCUGUCGGAAAAAGGCAGGGGUAUGGAACUGUCAGAGUUGGUGGCGUUCAACGGGAAGCUCUACAGCGUUGAUGAUAGAACCGGUGUCGUGUAUCUAAUCGAAGGAGAGAAGGUGGUUCCGUGGGUUAUCUUACCUGAUGGAGAUGGAAGUGUUGCCAAAGGGUUCAAAGCAGAGUGGCUGGCUGUAAAGGAUGAGCACUUGUAUGUUGGUGGUUUGGGGAAAGAGUGGACCACCACAGAGGGGGAGUUUGUCAACAACAACCCAGAGUGGGUAAAGGUGGUGGGCUUCAGGGGGGACGUCCAGCAUGAGAACUGGGUUCCCAGGUACAAAUCCAUGAAGACUGCUAUCGGGAUUGAGCCUCCAGGCUAUCUUAUUCAUGAGUCAGCGGCCUGGAGCGACACCCUUCAGCGCUGGUUUUUCCUUCCACGCCGCGAGAGCAAAGAGCGCUAUGAGGAGACGGCGGACGAACGCCGCGGCACUAACCUCAUCCUCAGCUGCUCCCCCGAUUUCAAAGACAUCAAACCAAGCCGAGUGGGUUCCCCGAAUCCCACUCAUGGAUUCUCCUCCUUCAAGUUUGUCCCAAACACAGACGACCAAAUCAUUGUGGCCCUGAAGUCAGAGGAAGAUGCCGGGAAGAUCGCAACGUACAUCAUGGCCUUCACUCUCGACGGACGCAUUCUUCUGCCUGAAUCCAAGAUCGGAGAUGUGAAAUAUGAAGGCUUGGAGUUCAUCUGAAGCAUAUGGCGAUGGGGGAGAUUGGCUGAUGAGGCCACUGCACUGUGGUUUUAGUUUGUUUACAAUUCAGACACUGUUGAACUCACAGCACUUUGUGUUUCCUCUAAAAAUGCAUAACUUUAACCUUAAAAAGGAUCUUCUGUGCAACAAACCUAAAGUUGGUGAAACGAUUUUGUGAGAGUGAAAAUUGGGUUCUGUCGUACCAGCAUGCAUUGAAGCAACUUAUCUCCUUAACAAGCCAGAUGUGGGCUUCAACAGUACUGUAGCCUUUCUUACAUUGAAUGUACAAAAAAAAGAUUUUUUUGACUGUGAUUUCGUUUUCUUGUACAUGUACACUCUGUGAGGGGUUUUUAACCCGUCAAGAAAGUAUCUUUUUGAGUAGACCUGUUAUUAAAUGAAAAUAUUUAAACUGGUCAAUUAAGGAAUUCCACCAUAGGUUUGUUUGGCUACAUUUUUUUCUCAAUGGAUUUACAGUAAAAUCUUAAUUUCUCUA